CACUGUGUCGAACUACUUCUGUUUCCCCCAUUUCCUGUUAUGAUCAGUUACACCGGUGUUAUAUUUCUUAUUAGACUCCUUAUUUAAGUUCCCUGUGUUCCCUCUUUGUUUGUCGUGAAUUAGGUUUGAGUUCGUGUUUGUGUUUUUGUGAUUAGUGAAGUCAGAAAGCUUGUCCUAGGAACUAAUGUUAAAUUAUCGCUUCCUGCACGUUCCGUUAUUAGCGAUGCACAGAUGACUGCUAAUUCUUACAUGCUGCUGGUUAUGUUCGGUGUAAUGCGUUCAUGCAGUACGUUCCACAUACAAUAUCACAGCUGCGUACCUCGGAUGUAUAUUUAAGACUGUAAAUAAAUGUUUCAUUAUCAAGAAUCUCUUCUCCACUCCUGAUUCUCUGAUCGGAAUCUGAUCUAUAUUUGGCCGCCUCAACCAGUUCAAAUCUUGAUAUAGUGAGACUUUGCUAUAUGUGAGAUUUUGGUUAUUGUUUGCCCCGUGUUUAGUUUUAAGUUUUUCCCACACAAUAACAUUUUCAUCUACAUUUAUUCAGUUCUCUGCAUGCAGAUUUAUUUUAUAUGCCGUGUGCAACAAGUCAUCAAUAACUAAAGUCACGUCAGUAAGCGAGGUCUGAUUUGGCAAUCAUGUAUUUCCUCAAUUCCUCCUGUACAUGUUUCCUAUUCUGGUAUCUUUUCCUCAGACCCUCAGAGGAAGGAGCUUACAAGCGAGGAAAGAAAACAAGGCCCAACUAAAUCACUGACUUACUUAUUGUCACUGAACUGAACUGCAGGAUGGAAUUGUUAAUUAUACAUUGCUAAUUCUUUAAUUUAGCCAUUAGGAUUAUCUAUAUUCAGAUAUUCACCAGUUAAGGUUUACUGUGUGUUUCAUAAAAUAUAUCAUCACCAGCAGGUCUGGUCCCAGUCACUGUAUCCGUCCUGAGAACCGUCCCUCACAAUUAUAACCUGAUGAUGACAAUGGUGACCUGGCGUGAUGCACAGAGUUACUGCAGGGUGAUGUACACUGACCUGGCAACCAUCCUAAGUGAUACUGAUUGGCUACGAUUUGAGAAAGAAGCAGCAAGCAAAGGUCUGACAACAUUUGCCUGGGUCGGAUUGUACAAUGAUGUCAAUAGCUGGCGCUGGUCCUUAAACGAUCUCUCACUGAAGAAGGUCCCUUAUACCAAUUGGCACCCUGGACAGCCUGAUAAUUAUUUUGGAAAAGAAGCAUGUGGUCUAAUAUCUGUAAUUGGUGAAUGGUGGGAUGACCAAUGUAGAAGACUAAUGCCCUUCAUAUGCUACAAUGCUAAUUUCAGUGGUGCUGCCAGGUUCAUCGGCAUCAGUAGUCCUCUGUUGACCUGGUCUCAAGCUCAAACUUACUGCCGAACACAUCACACAGACUUGGCCAGCUCUCUGAACAGCUCAGACAAUAACAUGUUAGUGCAGGUGAGUAGUAUCCAGGGUGAUUCCUGGAUUGGGCUUUACAGAGACACUUGGAAGUGGACAGACGGGACCAACGCUUCAAACAUCCCAUGGGCUCCUGGACAACCUGAUAAUGCUGAGGGUUACGAGAACUGUGCAGGGGUUUAUAAUGGACUGUUCUACGAUGUACCAUGCAUCCACGUGCACUAUUUCUUCUGUCACACCAUUUACCCGGCGAGGGGUCAGAUAAUCAGACUGCAGGUGAAGUCUGAUGGGAGUGUGUUUGAUCCUGCUGUGCAGUCGUCCAUUUUAGAUCAGAUCAAACAGAAACUGGAGGAAAAAGGCAUGUUGGAGAACACCACAGUGACCUGGAAGGUGCAGCCAGAUGGAAACAUCUUCCACAAGAAAAAGGAUGAUCUGUAACGUCUAAACUCUCACCUUCAAGUCGAGCAGAUUCCAAACUGACUGAAAUUUUAUUUAACCUACAACAUUUAAGCUUUAAUCAGUAGGCAGUGUCAGAGGACAAGAUUAGCCAGAAGUAGAGGAAUAAACGUAUUUAAUUGCUCUGAUUGGAACACGCCCACUUUGACUUUGCAGCCGAAAUUUUAAAGUCAGAUUUCACUGCAACUUUUUAAUAUUGAACAUGUUCAGCUUUUGCUGCAAGAGGCCACUGAACACAGUGAUGAGGAGAAAGUCAGAGAGGGUAUGUUCAAUACUGGGUUUAAUGCAUCAGUGUGUUGUAGUAAAGAAGAAUUCUUAUAUAGAAUAUAGUGAAUGUAACAGAAGCUGUAAAUACACUGUGUGUACUCUGAACAGUCAUAUAUAAUGCACUUGCCACUAUUACUGUCAUUUAUUUCUUCCACAUCUACAGUUAUAAAUAUACUCAUUUCUUGUAUUGUUUCUAUUUUCUGUAUCUAAAGGCAUUAAUAAUAUACAUUAAUAUCAUCAAUAAACAAUUUUAAAUAUA